AACAAAUCCAUGCCCGAGCAGAAACAACAACAUUUACUCAAAUCUGCGAACAAUAGUCCGCAGCCGGUUAUUUCCCCAUUCAGCCCAAAGAGGAAAACAUUUGUGUUGGAGCUUUCUCAACAGCAAAAAAAAGGGAGAGAGGCUUCAAGGAUCAAUGUCUUACACGACCGCUCAGCUGGUAAACGACCCAGAUUUAGCCCCGCUGCGUAUCGCGUUUCCAUCUCAGCUUACUUCGUUUUUUGCUUCCACGUGGGGAGACAAUGCAAACGAUAAAUCUUCUAUUCUUGUCUCACAUUGCUAGACUUGACGCGGCUGUGUAUCAAGGAUCUUAUAUAACCACCGCUACUAUGUAUCCUGAUAGUAUACCGCUCACUACUAGUAAGCGCAAGGGGGGGUUUUAGUAAGGGAAAUAGUAAGGGUACAUAUUUCUGGUUUGGGCUCUGGUCAUAGUUUUUUCCUCUAUAGUAAAUAUAUCAGUGCCCAGUAAUGGUCAUCAGACAAG